CCUUCCGGGUAUACAGCCAAGUGGUCGAGUUGGCUGCUGGGGCUGCAUUUUACAGGAGCCAGCAGUCAGUCAGCUGGGACUUCUAGAGGUGGGGGAGAGAGAGAGAGAGAGAGAGAGAGGUUUAUCUAUCUAAUCAAUCUAUAUGGGACUAAUAAGGUUGCUGGGAUAUUCAGAAGGUAGCUUGGGACUGGGGAGAGGUAGCAAGCGACAGGGCCUCUGGGAUACAAGGUGGGUACUGUGUAGUCGCAGACUUGGGAUAGGUAGGAGAGAGUGAGUGGUGGACUCCCUGGGCUACAAAGUGGUAUUGUUCCCCACCCCUCGAGGUUAAGGAGACAGCAAGGUAGGGUACUUUUUGUUAUCAUUUACAGGAACUAGCUUUCCGCUGUGGCUUUAGGAUAUAUAUAGAGAGAGGGACACAGAGCAGUAGAGUCUCUGGGAUCUGCCGGAGGCAGCUUGUGUCUCGGUAGUAUAGGAGGCAGCUAGGGUAGGCUACAAGGGGAAGCUUUAUUGUGGAGAGAGGGGAAGCCAACCCCAAAGAGGAAGAAAAAAACAGGACACAGGACCCUAGGGUGGUAGCCAAGGUUCCAGUGGAAGCAGGCUUUCAAAACAGGCUGAGUGGUGAUAGGUAAAGUACAGGAAGGAACAAGGCCUGGAGGUUCAGCUAUCGGACAGGGUUGGAGUGAGUGUGUGUGUUUUGUUGAUGCGCCUUAGUUGACUGGUGAAACUGAGAGGAGGAAGUUGUGUUUGCCUGAGGGGAACGUGGUGUUGCUCUUAACCUCUGACUAUGCAAUUCUGAGACAUCCCUAGGGAAAGAGACAGCAGGACAGGAAUUCCCUUAAAUACUCUCUCUCCCACAAGCACGCCCCUCAAGGGAAAUACAGAGCUCCCCCUUCCCCCAAACGCCUUUCACCAUUAAGAGGAAAACAAUGGAGGAGCUGAGCGCUGAUGAGAUCCGUCGAAGGCGUCUUGCCCGGCUCGCUGGCGGGCCUUCUUCCCAGCCCACCACGCCACUUACGUCUCCGCAGAGGGAGAACCCGCCGGGCCCGCCUGUGGCAGCGCCAUCCCCUGCAGCGCCCCAUAGCCUCGGCCUAAAUGUCCACAGCAUGACCCCUGCGACCUCUCCGAUUGGAGCAUCAGGUGUAGCCCACCGAAGCCAGAGCAGUGAAGGUGUGAGUUCACUCAGCAGCUCUCCGUCGAACAGCCUCGAAACACAAUCUCAGUCCCUCUCCCGGUCGCAGAGUAUGGAUAUUGACAGCGUCUCCUGUGAGAAAAGUAUGUCCCAGGUGGAUGUCGAUUCAGGAAUUGAAAACAUGGAAGUUGAUGAGAAUGACCGAAGGGAGAAAAGGAGUCUUACCGAUAAGGAACCUCCAUCAGGAUCAGAAAUAUCGGAGGAGCAAGCCCUGCAGAUGGUCAGCAAGAUCUUCCGGGUCUCCUGGAAGGACCGAGAUAGAGAUGUUAUUUUCCUAACGUCGCUUUCUGAGCAGUUUAAGCAGAACCCGAAAGAGGUGUUCUCGGAUUUCAAGGACUUGAUCGGGCAGAUCCUGAUGGAAGUUCUGAUGAUGUCCACCAAGUCGAGGGAAGAAAACCCCUUCGCCAGUUUGACGGCCACGUCGCAGCCCAUCGCGGCCGCGGCCCGGUCGCCGGACAGGAACCUGGUUCUGAACACGGGCUCCAAUCCGGGAACGAGCCCCAUCUUCUGUAACAUGGGCUCGUUCGGCUCCAGCUCCUUAUCAAGCGGUGGAGGUUCCGGAGGGGCCAGUGUUUCUGAUUCAUGCAGCGACCACUUCAGCAUUGAGACUUGCAAGGAGACGGAGAUGCUAAACUACCUCAUUGAGUGUUUCGACAGAGUGGGGAUAGAGGAGAGGAAAGCGCCAAAGAUGUGUAGCCAGCCAGUGGUUAGCCAAUUACUGAGCAACAUCCGAUCCCAGUGCAUUUCCCACGCUGCUUUGGUGCUCCAAGGAUCCUUAACGCAACCCAGGUCAUUGCAGCAACAGUCUUUGCUAGUCCCGUACAUGCUCUGUAGGAAUCUCCCGUUUGGCUUCAUCCAAGAGCUGGUGAGGACGACCCACCAGGAUGAAGAGGUGUUCAAACAAAUAUUUACCCCCAUUUUACAAGGCCUGGCUCUUGCUUCAAAAGAGUGUUCCCUUGAUAGUGACAACUUUAAAUACCCCCUUAUGGCAUUAGGCGAGCUAUGUGAAAUCAAGUUUGGGAAGUCGCAUCCCGUGUGUAGCUUGGUUGUGUCUUUGCCUUUGUGGCUGCCAAAAUCCCUAAGCCCCGGGAUGGGCCGGGAGCUGCAAAGACUCUCUUACCUUGGGGCUUUCUUCAGUCUCUCCGUCUUUGCGGAAGAUGAUCCUCGAGUAGUCGAAAAAUAUUUCUCCGGUCCUGCCAUCACCCUGGAAAACACCCGGGUGGUUAGCCAAUCUUUGCAGCAUUACCUGGAAUCCGCCCGGCAAGAGCUGUUCAAGAUCCUACAUAGCCUUCUACUCAACGGAGAAACCCGGGAGGCGGCUCUCAGCUACAUGGCAGCCGUGGUCAAUGCCAACAUGAAGAAGGCCCAGAUGCAGACGGACGACCGGUUGGUGUCUACGGACGGCUUUAUGCUCAACUUCCUCUGGGUGCUGCAGCAGCUGAGCACUAAGAUCAAGCUUGAGACGGUCGAUCCCUCCUACAUCUUCCACCCCCGUUGCCGCAUUGUGCUCCCGGCAGACGAAACCCGAGUGAAAGCAACCAUGGAAGACGUCGGCAGCUGGAUGGCUGAGCUGUCUAGGGAUCUGUCUCUCUUUUCUGAGCCGAAAUUCCCAACCGAAUGCUUCUUCCUGACCCUCCAUGCUCACCACCUCUCCAUCCUACCGAGCUGUCGCCGGUACAUCCGUCGGUUGAGGGCCAUCCGGGAACUCAACAGGACUGUGGAGGAUCUGAAAAACAACGAAAGCCAGUGGAAGGAUUCUCCUCUGGCCACGCGGCAUCGCGAAAUGCUGAAGCGGUGCAAAACCCAACUCAAGAAACUGGUGCGGUGCAAAGCAUGUGCAGAUGCCGGACUGCUCGACGAGAAUUUCCUGCGGAGGUGCCUGAAUUUCUACAGCACGGUCAUCCAGCUCGUGCUUCGGAUCAUCGACCCUGCCUAUCCCGACAUAAAGCUGCCUUUAAAUCCUGAUGUCCCGAAAAUGUUUGCAGCGUUGCCUGAGUUCUAUGUCGAAGAUGUUGCAGAAUUUUUGUUUUUUAUUGUACAGUAUUCGCCUCAGGUACUUUACGAGCCCUGCACUCAGGACGUCGUCACGUUCCUCGUCGUGAUGCUCUGCAACCAGAACUACAUCCGGAACCCCUACCUGGUGGCCAAGCUGGUGGAGGUGAUGUUCAUGACCAACCCGGCUGUCCAGCCGCGGACGCAGAAGUUCUUCGAGAUGAUCGAGAACCACCCUCUCUCCACCAAGUUGCUUGUCCCGUCGCUGAUGAAGUUUUAUACAGAUGUGGAGCACACCGGCGCCACCAGCGAGUUCUACGACAAGUUUACCAUCCGCUACCACAUCAGCACCAUCUUCAAAAGCCUGUGGCAGAAUAUCGCUCACCACGGCACCUUCAUGGAAGAGUUCAACUCCGGCAAGCAGUUUGUCCGCUACAUCAACAUGUUGAUCAAUGACACCACGUUCUUGCUGGACGAGAGCUUGGAGUCCCUCAAGCGCAUCCACGAAGUGCAGGAGGAGAUGAAGAGCAAAGAGCACUGGGACUUGUUGCCCAGGGACCAGCAGCAGGCUCGGCAGUCUCAGCUCGCCCAAGACGAACGGGUGUCUCGCUCGUACCUGGCUCUGGCCACGGAGACGGUUGACAUGUUCCAUAUCCUCACCAAGCAAGUUCAAAAGCCUUUCCUCAGACCUGAACUUGGGCCACGUUUGGCUGCCAUGCUGAAUUUCAACCUUCAGCAGCUGUGCGGCCCCAAGUGCCGUGACCUGAAAGUGGAGAACCCGGAGAAGUACGGAUUUGAACCAAAGAAGCUGUUGGACCAACUGACGGACAUUUACCUGCAGCUAGACUGCCCUCGUUUUGCAAAGGCAAUAGCGGAUGACCAGAGGUCCUACAGCAAGGAGCUAUUUGAGGAGGUCAUUUCGAAGAUGAGGAAAGCUGGAAUCAAGUCGACCAUAGCAAUAGAGAAAUUCAAGCUGCUGGCAGAAAAGGUGGAGGAAAUUGUAGCCAAGAACGCCCGGGCCGAAAUAGACUACAGUGACGCUCCUGACGAGUUUAGAGAUCCACUCAUGGAUACGCUGAUGACUGACCCUGUCCGGUUGCCAUCUGGGACCAUCAUGGAUAGAUCCAUCAUCCUCCGGCACCUUCUGAAUUCCUCCACGGAUCCCUUCAAUCGACAAACACUAACGGAAAACAUGCUGGAACCAGUGCCAGAGCUGAAAGAGCAAAUCCAGGCCUGGAUGAGAGACAAGCAAAACGCUGACAAUUGAGACCCACCCUCCCUGGCGGCCCACAAGCCGAGGUCAACUGUGCGGAGCAGGGCGAGAGGUCGGGACGUGGGCACUUGUCGAUCAUUUCGAAGCUGGCGCCAGGCUGAAGCUCACGCAGCCGCAAAAGACGAAAAGACGCAUGUAGAUGACGAGAAGGAACAACACCAUCCAAGCAGCAUAACUCUUGUACAUAUAUUUAAGUGAUAAAAUGACGGUCUUAUAGCAUUGUGGGGAGUGAGUUAGGAAGCGGUUCUCGUUACGGAUCAAAAUCCUCUGACAUCUCAUAAUUGGGGUUGAUAACGAGCCGAAACUACUUCUUUUUUUUUAGCAAGAGACGUGUGGAUCAGGGCAGCAAACCCUCGACGUGGUUUUUUGGGUUUUUUUUUUUUUAAGAAAUAUAUUGCCAGAUCUCCGUUAAUUUGAUUGUGGUUGAAACCUUGAACAUUUUGCUGCUAAAGUAAUCCCACCUACCUUUUCAUUUCUCCCCAUCACCUCUUCCUGCACUAUCCUGUCUCCCUGGGGUUUUUUUUUUCCUGUAAUGUGAAAGAAAUGUUCCCUAUAUAUUAAAAAAAAAAUGUCCUUCUCUGACCCCAAGAGAACAUAAUCUUGAAAAGUUAAGUGUGCCUGCAGCAAAGUGUUAAUCUUGGGGGGGGAGGAAUCAUAUUUUUCUAUUAUACAUAUUCAUUUAUUUUUAUUUGGUAGGCCGUACACGAGAAAAGUUAUUCACCGUGGAAUUUUUCUUUCUCUCUCUCUCCCCCCCUCCCUUUUUUUGGGCACAUUGGUUUUUAAGUUGUUCAACAUGUCCCAUUGUCUUUGGGGGGGAGGAUUGAUGUUCUGCAGGGCGGGGAGGGGGGGGGGCUGGUUGAUUUUUUGUUUGUUAAGCCUUGUGAGCCUCCUGAAACAGCUGCCACAAAGAAAUUGGUGUGGAAUACCAGGGCUUCAUUGACUUAAAAGAUAUAUAUGGAGAGAGCUAUAUAUAUAUAAAAAAUUCUUUUUAAAGCCAGAGAAUCUAAUAAGCUAAAUGAUGAUGAUUCUGAGUCUUUUAAGAGCUUGUCUCCAGGGAUAGGAGGGUGGGAUGGGGUGGAGUGGGCAGGUGGCAGAUUAUUUUAUUCUCGGCGCCUACCCGUCAAGGCAGGAGAACCAUUUUUACGUUGCAUACCAGUUUUGUAUCCAUGGCUUGGCCUUACCAAAGCAAAAAGGGUGCAGAGAAAAAAAAAUGUAGACUUGCUUUUUUUAAAAAAAGAAACUCUAUAAAAAAAGACGAAACAUUUUUGUAUGACUGCCCCCUGCUUAAAGAUACUUGAAUUUCCUUUUUAAAAAGGAUUUGAAACCACAGUGUUUUAAAAGAAAAAAAAAUUAAGCCUGAAAAGAAAACAUUUUCUUUUCUUUUCUUUUUUUCCCCGCUGACAGUGUCCUCUGUUCAGUUCCUGAUUCUUGAAGAACAAUAAAUGGUGAUACGCAUUCACAAGAAACCUUC